AUGCCAUCCAUGGUUCCGUCGCGAAGUGAGUCUACAUAUGUGUUAAAUCAGCUGAUUAUAUCACCUUCAGACACCGAUCAUCUAGAUCAAUUGAUUCCUUCCAUCAAAGAGUAUAGCGUCGGCAACAAAACGUCCGAGCUACUGCGCUCUCUCUCCAAGUUUGCUAGCGACAAGGAGGCGGAAAUUGAGACCAUCUGCAAUGCAAACCACCAAGAAUUUGUCUCUUCAAUCAAUCAGCUGCUUCAUAUUAGGGAAGGUACUGUUAGUUUGACAGCGGAGAUACUGGACCUCAAUCAAUCCAUCCAGGCAAGCACGGAGAAGCUGGCCGAACAAAAGAAGGCCUUGGUAGAAUCGCGAAGGCACCGUCAGAACAUCGACGAGACAUCACAUGCGAUUCAAGACUGUCUUGAAGUUCUCCGCCUUGCAAAUCAGGUCCAUGAUCUCCUAGCGAAAAAGAAUCAUUACGCGGCACUUCGUGCCCUCGAAGAGCUACAAAAUGUUCAUCUUAAAGGGGUAACUCAAUUUCAGAUUGCGGAUAUGAUUCAGCGCUCCGUACCAGCAACUCAAAGGGCCAUAGCGGAGGCGGUAAUGUCUGACCUGAACACUUGGCUUUACAGGAUCCGAGAAAUGUCGCAAUAUCUUGGGGAAAUAGCCCUGUAUCACACGGAUUUGCGGAAAACAAGACAAAAGGAGCGCGCUACGAAAAUGCCAUACUUGGAGCAUUUCAAGCUGAAUUCCGCUAUUGAACUGGUCUGCGACGAGCACGAAGAAUAUGACCUUUUGCAAAAUGAAGAGCUUCAAGUCGAUUUCACUCCGCUAUUUGAGUGUUUACACAUUCAUCAGUCUCUAGGCCAGAUGGAGAAGUUCAGGGUCGAAUAUGCAAAUACCCGUCGUCGACAGAAGGAGCUUCUUAUACCAGCCUCCAUCACUCUAGUGGACGAUGACGGAGCAAGUCUACAUAAUCUUCUGGAAGAAAUGGCUGGCUUCGCAAUCGUUGAGCGCGCUACCAUGAAGAAAGUUCCAGACAUGAGAUAUUCAGUUGAUGUAGAUGAGCUAUGGGAUUCAAUGUGCCAGACUGCCGUGGGUCUAAUAUCAGCGGCCCUCCACGAGGUAGACAAUGCCGAGAGUCUGCUUAAGAUCAAGAACCUCAUUGCCUUGUUCAUGCAAACAAUGAAUACCUGGGACUUUACGGUGGGAGCCUUUGAUAACUUACUCCUGACCUUGUUCAGAAAAUACGCCGAAUUGCUCAAAAGACGGUUUAGCGAUGAUUUUCAGGAGAUUGUAUCCACGGAUGAUUACAUGCCCAUGCCGAUCCAGACGCCCGAGGAAUUCGAUAAGGUACUCAAUGUAAGCUGGUACACUCCCAGUGAGCCGCAAGAACAAGCGUUUCCCUGCGUCUUGCCCUUCUCGCAAAUGUAUCCAUUAUGCUGCAUUGACAUCCGAAAUUUUCUCAAUCAGUUCUACUUCUUCGCCAAUGAUGAAUUCUCUAACCCCGGUAUAAUCGAUGAGACUUUGAAGGAUGCACUGGACGAACUGCUUUCCAGCAAAGUCUGUGACACUCUCAUUGAGCGCCUGAAUUCCCACUAUCUGGGACAAAUUGUGCAAAUUCUUAUCAACUUGGAGCAUUUUGAGCAUGCAUGCCAUGAGCUGGAGCUCUUGCUCGCUGCAGCCAGGUCACAGAGUUCCUCCAGCGAUCCAAUAGCCUUGAGAGCCACAGGCAAAUUUCGAGACAACAAAAAGGCGGCCGAGAAACGCAUCUUCGAGGUCGUCAAUUCAAAGAUUGAUGAUCUAAUCGAGACAGCAGAAUACGACUGGAUGGCUAUCGCCGCUCCUACAGAGCCGAGCAACUACAUGCAAACCCUUACACGUUUCCUCUCCAACAUCAUGAAUUCUACUCUCCUGGGACUUCCCAAGGAAAUUAAAGAACUCAUCUACUUCGAUGCGCUCAGUCACGCAUCGACCAUGAUUCUCGCACUCCCUCUCUCGUCAGAAGUGAAGCGCAUUAACCCAAACGGGGUCAUGGCUCUUGCCAAAGAUGUUGAAUAUUUAUACCAAUUCGUUGAUAGUCUCAACAACCCCAUCCUUCGAGAGAAUCUGGAUGAGCUGCAGCAGACGGUUCAACUGAUGCAAGCGGAUAACGCGGAUGAAUUUUACGACAUCUCCAUGCGAAACAAAAAGUAUGGGCGUGUAGAUGCGAUCAAUGGCCCCGUGCUGUUGGAGAAGUAA